UUCUGGGUAGAUCGGAUAGACGAUUGUACAGGAGACGCUGAGGUUCUUCUGUAUGUGUCCAGUCACACAUCUGUGCGUGGAUCUGCUUACAUUCGCGCGCAGCAGCAGCAGCUACCGUCCGCGCGCAUCUGUUAAUUCCGUUUAAACAGGAAGACACGUCCAGACCUGACGACGAUGGCGGACUGUCUGGGCUUUCAGGCGCAGAUCGCCUCGAUUAUAGAGAUUUUAGCCAACUCGGCUGUGGCGGAAAUCUGCAAACUGGUGGAGGACGGAUAUGCGGCGCUGCGUGCUCAGAUGGAGCAGGAGCGAGAAAAGAGCCAGAAAGAAAACGAUGCUCUGCGACAGAAGCUACAGGAAAUGGACGUGAAGAUGCGGAGCUGCGAGAGGAAGAUGAGGAGACGGAAUCAACGGGAGGAAGCGCAUACCAUUCAUUUUAAGUCAGUCACAGUACCUGAAGAUCAACAGUCUCUGCUGCUUCCUCCCGCUGCCUCUGAAGACAAACCUUUUCAUCACGUUUCACAGCAGAGAGAAGCCCAGGUAUUCCCACUGGUGAAGCAGGAGAAAAAGGAGAGAGAUGACUGCAACCUGGACCUGAAGGUGGAGGUUAACAUCAGGGCGGAGUGUGGUUUCUCUAAUGCCCCGGAGUCCAGUGAGGAAAACCCAACGACUGAUGUUCUUCUUGACACAAAUGUCACCAGCUUUACCUCCAACACUGCACAGGCUUCACCACCUUCAACCGAUGCCACAAUGGACUUGACCUGCAAACCGCGAGCAAAACGCAAGUCCACGAAACCUCCGAACAGCAGCCUGAAGAACCUCAGUUGUGGAUCUCAAGCUCCCGAAGCUGCAUGCAGGGACCUUACAGGCAGCUUGGCAGAUGGCGCAGUGAAGCCAGAGAUCCAACCAGACGACACUACAGAUGACGAACUUCCUCCCUCUCAUCUGUCGGCCCCCGUGGAAUCAGAUGAGCCCAGUCCGGACCGCCUCAACAGCCUGGGUCUGGAUCUGGCCUGGAUGCAGGAGCGGGUCAGCCAUCUUGGUGCGGCAUAUGCAGUUGCCCAGUUGGGUUUGGGGAACGCAGAGACCGGACACCCUUCUGCUUCCUUUCCUGCACAGGGAGACGGCAUAGAUGGCCCCCCCACCAUGCUCUUUGCAGGUGGUUCUCAUGAAAUGGCUGCUUUCGCAAACUCCUUUGACAUGGCUGCCGUUGCUGCUGCUGCUGUCAUAACUGCACCGCCCCCUCCACCUCCACCCCCAGCCCCCACAGCUCCUUCUGCCACGACAGCUAACCAAAGGCGGCCUUACAGAAACAGUGCUGCUUCCUCUAAAGAACCCAUGGUCUGCGCCAUCUGCAGGCGGGUCUUCCCCAGUUCUGCCACCCUGGAGCUUCACCAGCGGGUGCACACGGGGGAAAGACCCUACACCUGCCCCCACUGCGGAAAGGGCUUUGCCCAGCCCAACAACCUGAGGGUCCACCUCCUUGUCCACACUGGAGAGAGACGUUACCGCUGCACGCUGUGUGGAAAGAGUUUCAUCUCAUCAAGCCACCUAAAGAGGCACCGUACGGUCCACACGCAGGAAAAGCCCUACAGCUGCUCACGCUGUGGACAGUCCUUCAGCCAGAUGUGUAGUGUUAGAAGACACCGUCAGCAGUCUCAGUGUGGCCUGUAGACCCAGCAGCAGCAUCCAGAACUGAUCCUCACACAGUCUGGACCCUGAUUGGAGGAUCUUUCUGGUCCUGUCGAAGCAGAGACGGAUGUAUACUGAUGUACCACCGUAUGUAAUGUUGUGUGUUCCAGAUCAUCACAGCUGUUUGUGAAAUCUGUUUUGAGGUGGAUUUUCCUUAUUUGUAGUUUCAUGGUUUAAAAUGGUCACCUAGACAAAGUGUUUGCUUCUGGAUUUCAUGAAGUGUUCUUGUUUGUGACAUGCUGUCCGGUUUACAUGGUCAACACACAAGGGCUGAUCCUGGACCGGUGGGUGAUGGUUUCUGUGUGACUGUUGAUGGGAGCAGACAGUAGGAUGUACCUCUGCCCACCUGGUCGAGCAGGAUGGACUCAGCCAUAUCUUUGGAGCAUUAAGUUCUGCAGUAACCAAGUAAAGAGCUGACACAUGCAAUUUAAAACUUACGAAGAGAAAUCUGUUCUUGCGUUAUUCAGCUGUGAAUUCUAAAGCUAGAUUUCUUUUCCUGUCACUUCUUUCAUGUUUCAUUUGUUUGAAACUUUCAGUCCUCAAAGAUUAAUUUGUUCUUCUUGUAUUUAAAUAAAUAUUCACAUUGAGGUUUUGAGUCAGUUUAAAUGGAAAUUUACAUACUUCCACAUUUCUAAAUGUUAAGUACAACCUCAACUCCAAAAAUGUUGGGCUGAACGAUUAAUCAACUUUAAAUCAAAAACGCAAUUUAAAAUGUUGCAAAUCACAAAGGGGAGCGAUUAAUUUUUAUGCUACAUGGCGCCCGAUCCAGAUUUAAACCUGCGGCUUCCACAGUUUUACACAUCGACCCACGUCAGUCGUAUUUCCUGUGUGACAGUAAACAUCAUGUGACACUCAGCUGUGAAGUCACAUGUCCAGACCUCAUCGUGGACUAAUUUUUUAUAUAAGACUGAAAUGCGGAGACCAAAGACACUGAAAAUAGAAAACACAAUGGGGAAUGUCCUGAUAAAGACGGUUUUACUGAGGGAAAUAUUCUUAAAGGUCAAAUCUCACAAAACAUGUUGACAUUAAUACAACUUACAAAAAAUACUGGAUCCAUUUUAAGCCGUAAUACGACUCAGAACGUCUUACAAUAAAGUAGCUUCAGCUUGUUCAGCUGCGUCUCCGUGAUGGAAAUGAAGUUCUCAGCAUAACGUGGAGAGAAGCUGCUCAGUAACAUCAGACUGUUUAGUUUUAACCACAAAGACAAAAUAUAAACCUGUUCUAGAGGAAGCUUCAGUGUUUUGGCCACAGGUUGCAUCAUGUAGUUGGUAAAUAAAGCCAUUCAGAUUUGAACUUUAUGUUUUUGUUAGAAUAUAGAGCAUCUCCUAUAAAAAAAUAUAUUUCUGUGUGAACACUGACCAGAAGCUGGAAUUUAAAAUAAAUCGCAAUAUCUGUAAGAAAAAUCGUUAGAAAUGAAAUCUUUUUCUAAAUUUGUCAGCCCUAUGCACUGUAUAAAAUGUAAAUACAACCAGAAUGCAAUGAUUUGAUGAUGUCAUCAACCCAUGUUAUUCCCAGUAGAACAUAGACAACACAUUAGAUGUUCAAACUGAGACAUUUUAACCAUUUUAUGGGAAAAUAUCAGCUCAUUUUGAAUCUGAUGGCAGCAACUUGUCUGUGUAAAGUAGUUCCAGGGUGAUGUUUAGGAUUGUGUAGCAUCCCCUCUUCUUUUAACAUCUAUCUGUAAACAUCUGGGAGGUUAGGAGACCAGUUAUGGAUUUCAUUGUGAACUGUGUUCCCAGACGGUGGUUUCUGGAAGUUUCCUGAGUCCAUGCAGUGGUUUCCAGUAGAGAAUCAUGUCUGGUUUUAAUGCAGUGCUGCCUGAGAGCUCCAAGAUCACAAAGAUCUGUUUUUUUACCUUCAGCUUGUCCCAUGUGUACAGAGAUUCCUCCUCAGUAUCUGAAUCUUUUGAUAUUAUACACUGUAGAUGGUGGACCUUCAAAGUCUUCACAAUUUUACAUUUACAUUUUUUCGCAAUUUUUAGACCCAUUUUGUCUCAGAUUGGUGAAUCUCUGUCCAUCUUUCUCUCUGAAUAGUUGUCAGUACUUCCCUAGUUGCCUUUUAUUUGUACCAGUUACUUUUCCAGCCUUUUGUGGACCCUGUUCCAACUUUUUACAGACGUGUUGCUGCUUUCAGAUUCUAAAUGAGCUCAUAUUUUUAAUGAAAUGGUAAAAUAUCUCCAUUUCAGGAUCUGAUGUGUUGUUUAUAUUCUACUGGAAAUAAAAUGGGUGGUGGUGUGAUUUGCAAAACAUUGCAUCAUGUUUUUAUUUACAUUUUGCAGCUUCCCAGAGCUUUUAGGAUUGGGGUUGUACUUGAAUGUAGUCAAGUGGAAACUGAUUUCAGGGACAUAUUAUCACUGAAUUUGGAAAUCUGAGCUGUUCUUUCUUUAAAUGGAUAAAACCAAACAUUUAAAAGUAGAAAAGUAGUAACUAAUAGAAUUUUGCUUAAUUUUUCUGCUCUAUCUGGCACGCAGCUCCUCUCUUGGUUGCCCCCUGCUGGUUGGGGUAUGAACUGUGAUAGAAUUUGAAAAUCGGCAGGUCUGAGCUAAACAUAUUCUUCAUACAAGACCAUGAGGGAGACUUCAGCCUUUAUAUCUGCAGGUGUUCCAGUUUUUUGUUUAUUUUUAGCCGUACAACUCUUAUGACAUCAUUUUUUCUGAGGCUAAUGUGUAAACCAGGUGCUGAGUGUUAGCAUCGAGCAGCUAAAGAAGCUAAUCUUCUUCAGGAGUUGAUAAAGAACUUUGGCUAAAAGCAGCACUAAAACCAAAAAGUUGUUGGAGACUUAAACCGAAAGGUUCUCUUAGAGAAAAUGUCUGAAAUUGAGAAAAGUUUAAAUAAUUUAUCUUCAUUUGGCCUUUACUCUGUUUUUGUUGCGCCUUUUGUUUUUUUUUUAUUACACACUUAUGAUUAAAAUUAUGGUCAUAAUUAAAUAUUGACCAAACUGCUCCAACACUGCAUUCUGGCUUUUUUUAUUUGUAUAUUUUCAGGGCUGUGUUGGUGAGGAAUGAGAACGAGCAACUCUGGAGUUGAUGACAAACAAACACUUCUUCCUGUCUUUGGGUGAUACAAGACUUCCAUUCCUGGACGCUCACUCAGAAAACUAGGUUUCAAAAAGCACUUUAAAUGUUUCCACAGGAAUUUGAUGGAAUCUGGAGACUUUGUUGGUGAAGUUUGGUGAAUUAUGUGAACCACUGCAGCAUCUCUAAUGAGCGGCCUUCUCCAGAAAUCUGAGUUGAAUCCUACAUGUCAGCACUUUGCUGUGAGUGUAGUAGCUCAGGCUGCACGUUAUUAUGUGUGAUUGUGUUCACGAUUGUCAGUGUGUGUUUAUUCCACAUUUUGUACCAACCAAGCCAAAAGUGUCGAGUCUUUUUAAUUUAUCCUUUGCUCUUAAUUAAAUGGGGGGUAUAGACUGUAAAAAUAUGGCAAGUCCAGCUAAAUGUCAGAAUUGUGUUUGUAUGUGUUCAUAUUUGGAUGUAACUGGUGAUAGCUGUAGGUUCCACAGCUUAAACCAAUAAUUUGACUAUUCUUUUAUGAUGGUAUUUAAUGGUGUCUGGGUGUCAUUAAAUAUGUAAAACCUUUACAAAGAGCCUGCUUUGCUUUGUCAUCAUUUUCAAAUAUGUUUAUAUGAAGUCACAUCAGUUCGGAGGACCAGAUUAAUUCCUUCCUGCUUCCUGGAGACUUGGGUCCAGGGUCAUUUUUCAUUCAUUCAUUCGUAGAGACUGUCCUAACUCCAUCCUAGGAAUUAAAUUUAUAAUGUCAGUACAAAAGAAUUUGUAAUUAUUAAACAUGUGGAGGCCAGCUGCAGCAUGUCAGCCAGUAAUCAGCUGUUGAUAAAUCCCACAUGUUCUGAAUCAUCUGCCCGCACCGUUAAGUUUACCAGAUACAUCCCUUUAGAAGUCACAUGGGAAUCACUUGUGUUUCUCCUCUGAGUUAUUGAGAGGAAGAAAUCAUUCAUUUCUACUGAGUUUGAAGCUAAAACAUCUGUUUAGUUCAGUUAUUCAGCUUCAGUUAACAUUUAUUUAAAAGAAUUAACAUGAAGCAUGUGCAGUGUCUGUCUUUUAACAUCCCAUCGCAUGGUGAUUAAAUUUUGCUGCUCUACUCAACUUCAGCUGAGCUAGUCUGUUCACCGAUAGGAUUCAGUGAAUUAUAAGCUCCAUACAUGAACAGUGUUGUAUGCUUCAUGUAUGCAGGUCUUAUGAUUGGUCCAGAUAUGAACUUAGAAAUGUCUUUGUG